UUCUUUCCUGGUUUUCAGAAAGCAUCCCAGAUAAGAAUCAGAGCUUUAUAGGGAAAAGUUGACCGUGUAGGCCCAUCCAAAGUCAUGGCUGCACCAGGAGCCGGAGUCAGACUCGGAGGAGAGUUCAUGAGGAAGGUGAAGCCGAUUUUCUCUUCCAACGAGGCAGAGGCCAGACAACGAGUCAUAAGUUUAUACAAGGCGUGGUACAGGCAAAUUCCUUAUAUUGUCCACGAAUUCGACAUCCCCAAGUCCGUACGACAAUGUCGAGAGAAGCUCAAAGAAGAAUUCGUGAAAAAUAAGGACCUCAAGGAUGUCCGCAUCAUAGAUGCCAAGGUCAUCAAGGGUCAGAUGGAUUUGGUCGAGACAAAGAAGAUGUGGAGGCAAAAGCACCAUGUGAUGAACUAUUUUCAGGAUACUCGGAACAAGCAGCCGACCGAUUUCCUCUCUAAAUUCUAUGCGGGUCGAGAAUGAAGAGCCUAUUACGAACCUGCUUUUGUGAGUGCAAUAGUUGAUUGAAUUUGAAGGUGACCCUUGGUGGCAAUUAGUGGUCAUAAUUGUGAGGGUAGCAUCAUUAAUGAAUAAAAUUUAAUUUUUCCUUCCA